AGACCAAAAGUUGGGCGAGUCCCCUACGGCGUCGAGAUUGAAGAAUGCACAUCGAAGGGCAAGGUUGCACUCACGUUCGACGAUGGCCCUGCGGAGUUUACAAACGACCUGCUAGACACCCUCAAGGAGAACGGCGUGAUGGCGACCUUCUUCAUCACGGGUGCCAACGGCGACAACGGCGAGAUCCAAGACCACUGGGGCGAUGUGAUCCAGAGAAUGCAUAAAGACUGGCAUCACAUCGCCAGCCACGGAUGGAGUCAUCGGGACAUGGACGGCUUAUCGUCCGACGAGCGGGAGGAGGAAGUGUUCGAGAACGAAAAGGCACUAGCUGAGAUCCUGGGCUCCUUUCCGACUUACUUCCGACCUCCGUACGGGACUUGUGCCUCGGAGUGCCUCCAUGACUUGGGAAGACUUGGGUAUCAUGUGGUCAUGUGGAAUCUCGACACGGAGGACUGGAAGGGCGACUAUGACCACGCGCGCAGCUUUUAUGAAACAUGCCUCGGCGAAGAGGGCCCCGAUUCAAAGUCGUGGAUUAGUCUUGCCCAUGAUCCGCAGCCGGAGACCGUGAAAAGCUUCGCGCAGUAUAUGAUCGACGUCGCUAACAAGUACGGGUACGAGCUGGUCACAUUAGGCGAGUGUCUGGAAGACCCGAGGCACAACUGGUACCGAAAU